GAAGCUAUCACGACUUAUACGCUCCUUCCUCACGAAGAUCUCACAUAUCCCUCAGUUUCUGCCGUACGACUAAGGAAACUGCUACUGCCUCAGGCUCUGACCGCUCAGAAUGCUAUUUAUUACCCGUCGUCCGCCACGAAACCUCCCGCCCUCCUCCUCCCUCCUCCAUCAUCAUCAUCAGCAGCAGCAGCAGCAGCCACCACCACCACCACCACAACCACCACCACCACCAUGUCUGCUCCCAACAAUGCUGUCGUCGUCCCCGGCACCGCCGUUCAGAUCGGUGCCAGUACUGUCUUCUGCGCAGGACAGGAACUGGCACCUUUCUGCCAUACAGCAGCUCAGCGUGGCGCCUUAGCCCUGCCAGGCAAUCCCGUUGCCUUCGUACGAAGCAGCGUGACUGCCGCGCAGGUCGCCACGGCGCGGCCGAGUUACAUUAAUGCCCUUCUCAUUCAGAGUCGUGGCACCGCAUCUGGGCGUCCCUGCUCUGCUUGUCGUCGUACGAUGAGCACCUCUCAAGACGGUUUGGCUCGGCCGUUCCCCAAUUGCGUGCGCCUUCCUGGCUUCUGGUCGGGCGCCUGUGGCAAUUGCAAAUGGCGGGAUCACGGUGCUCGCUGCAACGCACAGAACGGCGAUGACGGCGACGACAAUGAUGAUGAUUCUCCUCCUCCUCCUCCUCGUCCGCCCAGCCCGCCCGUCAAGAAAGAGGGUGGCCGUACGAAGCGUCCGCCGCAGCGGCGGAGUGCCCGCCAAGCAGGCGGCACUCCUGCCAAUGCAUGGGUCGUCGACGACGACGAAUAGCAGUCGUAAGUUAUAUAUUCUCUUUCUCUUCGUACGAUGGGCACAGCCGAUGAGGCUCAAGUGAGCGGAGGCACCAGGACAAUUGCUAGGCACCUUCACGUGGUGUUCUGGGUCAGUAGUUACUCUUGUCGUACGACAAGGUAAUGAAGCCAAG